AUGAGAGCAGCCAAAGAAAACGAAGCGACCACUGCAGAGCAGUACUCCAGAGAGUCCGUCCGCAUCGCCCGGACCACCCGGGAGCUAUUGAAGUUUUUUGCCAAUGCCUACAACCAGUUUGAGAAACUCGAGGAUAAGCAGAUUGAGAACGCGCUGCACGGGAGGAGCAAGAGCAAGAUUGGUUUGGGAACACCUGCUGGCCUCUUCACGGACGAUGAGCAUAUUGAGGGGGGCAAAGAGGAGCACGGCUUCGCAUUGAUGAGGUCAUGGGCUUCACUUGUCUAUACCAGCGCGGGAUGCAGCGGCGGUCAGGAAAAGAAACAAGAUGGCUAUGGCGGCGAGAAGAUUGCCAAUGGGAUCCGCAACAUGCAAAAGGCAAGGAAGAUGGGAUUUGAAAGAGCACAUCUGGAGCAGCGGCUGCGAUUAGGAAACUAUCGCGGCCGCGAUGUCCGCGGAGCUGUGCGGGGAGACAUGGAGCAAAUCGCCCUGCUGCGGGGGUACACAGCCUUCACGCUUCCGCUGCCCAUGGCAUUUCGGCCGUGGAAUUCCUCGCGGACAGACCUUCAAGAUAUCGAGAGGGCAAAAUCAGUUGCAAAGCGCCGACUUGGCGCACAGUUCAAUGGCGACCAAUGGCAAACACACCGCAUUUUGAGGUUCUCAACUUAUGCCAAAGGAAGGCUUUCAAUUCUUGAGCGUUUUUGUGAAUGUGGCGUUAAAUACAAGUUGGUCUUGUUACAGGAGCUCUUCUUGCUGGUAAUCCAAGAUCGUUAUGCUCAGAGUCUCAUGGACGACUUGGACGAUUUGCCGCAUGACGGGGCCAACUUGUUUGAGAUCAUCGACGCAGAUGGCUCGGGCAGCUUGGGACUUGCUGAGCUUGUGCAAGGUUUGCUGAAGAUCCGUGGCGAGAUCAACAAGAGCGACACCGUGGCAGCGUUUUUUGUCGCACAGGGCCAGACCCUGGACGGGCACAAAAACUAUCAGAUGACCCACUAG